CUGCAGCAUUUCCGCUGAAUGUCAGUUUCUCAUUUCUAGAAGGGAUUAGGGAGAAACACCCCGGGACGCCGUUGACUUUCUCACCCCGUCACCUGCAGAUUUGACUUUUUUUUUUUUUUUUUACCAAGAGCAGAGCGACGCCUUACUCCGCCAUACACUUUGGAGAUAUAGGGAUGAACUGAAGAUGAAUGUAAACCAGCACACUCCAAUGGCCUCUCCCUAUGGCCAGCCUCAGCCGGGCUACGGGCAGCCCACCUUUGCCCCCCUGGACGGCGGAUACCCGGCACCUUACAACGGCCCCACGUCGGUCUACCAGCCCGGAGCUCCACCACAAGGUUAUUCAUCUUUUACGACCUAUCCCUCUAAGGCUGCGGCAGCCCAUCCAGUCUCUGAGCUCUCCUCUCCUCUUGACCUAGGUCAUGGCAGGGCUCCUCCCACUUCCGGCCCCCCUCAAGCGUACAACCAGUAUGGUCACAACCAGGGGGUCACGCAGAAUGGACCCCCACCUUUGACGCAAGCACCUGCCAGGCCCGCUGCAGUGUCUCAGCCCUACCACCAAGGAUCAGUCAACCUGUCAGGGCCGCCCACCUCGUACCCCCAACACUACGGGCCCCCGGCCACAAUGCAGCAUGUCACCAAUCAGAUGAGCGCGAUGCAGGUUUCCGCCGGACCCCCCAGCGCCGCGGGGCCCGUAUAUGCACCACCACACAGCUCCCAGCCGCCCGCGAGCGCUUCCUUCUCAGCCGCCCCUCCCGCAUCCUACACGCAGGCUCCGCCCCCUACGUCGUCUCGCCCCGCCCAGCAGCCGCCCCCGCCCUGUGGCUCCGCUGCUCCCCAGCAAUACUACGGAGGCAAUCCUCCCUCUCAGCAGCCGUUUAAUUCUUCUCUCCCCCCUACCUCGCAACAGCAAUACACCUCCCCUGCGCCGCCUCUGCCUUGCACCCAGCAGCCAUUUCCUCCUUCCUCCUAUUCGGGUCCUCCGCCAGCUCAAGAUCCUUCUCCGUCAGUAUCGCAGCCUCAGCAGUCCUUCCCGGCCUCUCAGCCUGCGUUCUCCUCCGCCCCUCCCCCUGUCAGCCAGACCUCCUUCGCCCCCGGCCAGGGCUCCUUCCCUCCAAGGGCACCCCCACACGCCUCCUCUCAGCCCGGGUCGUAUCCUCCUUCAGGUCCUCCUUCAACGUCACCUCCCUCUGGCCAGUACCCAGGGCCCAUGCCGCCUCAGCAGCAGCCCCUUCCCUCGCAGCCGCCACCCUUCCCCUCAGGUCCUUUCCCUCCCAGACCACAGAUGCCCCCGUCAUCCAUGCACCAGAGCAACCACUUACCUCCAGGACCACCAGGCCCUCCUGGACCCCUGCAGCAGCAGCACCCCCCACCUCAGCCUGGCAUGCCAGGAGGGUACCCACCCCAACAGAAUGGUGCAUUCGGGCAGGUGAGAGGCCCUCAGCCGGGCUACCCGGGCCCUUACCCUGCCCAGACCAACUAUGGAGCUCCUGCACCAGCACCUGCUCCAGCCGGGGGCCACAAAAGACUGGACCCCGACACCAUUCCUAGCCCGCAAGCGUCUGACAUGCCGGCCGUGCAGAAAUCAAGACAUAGAAUAGAUCCAGACGCUAUUCCCAGCCCAAUCCAAGUCAUAGAAGACGACAAGGCCAAGAGCAAAGAGCCUUUCACCACAGGGGUAAGGGGACAAGCCCCACCGCUUGUCACCACCAACUUUCAAGUCCAAGACCAAGGGAACGCCAGCCCCAGGUUCUUCCGCUGUACGGCCUACAACAUGCCGUGCACCGCAGACAUGGCUAAGCAGUCGCAGGUGCCGCUGGCGGCCGUCAUCAAGCCUCUCGCCGUGCUGCCACCAGAUGAGGCGCCCCCGUUCUUAGUGGACCAUGGAGAAGGUGGUCCAAUCCGUUGCAACCGCUGCAAAGCCUACAUGUGUCCGUACAUGCAAUUCAUUGAAGGAGGGCGUCGCUUCCAGUGUGGGUUUUGCACUUGUGUCACAGAAGUUCCUCCAAAUUAUUUCCAGCAUCUGGACCAGACUGGGAAGAGAAUGGACUUCUAUGACAGACCGGAGCUCUCGCUGGGCAGUUACGAGUUCCAGGCCACCGUCGACUACUGUAAAAACAACAAGAUUCCUCAGCCUCCAGCUUUUAUCUUCCUUAUCGACGUGUCCUACAACGCCGUGAAGAGCGGCAUGGUCAGCAUCGUCUGUCAGGAACUUAAAACGCUACUGGAGCACCUACCUAGAGAAAACCCGGAAGCGGACUCGGUGGUGCGAGUGGGCUUUGUCACGUACAACAAGGUCCUGCACUUCUACAACGUCAAGUCCAGCCUGGCGCAACCACAGAUGCUGGUGGUGUCGGACGUGUCAGAUAUGUUUGUGCCCCUGCUGGACGGUUUCCUGGUCAACGUCAACGAGAGCCGCCUGGUCAUUGAAAGUUUGCUGGACCACAUCCCAGAGAUGUUUGCAGACACCAGAGAGACCGAGACAGUCUUUGGACCUGUUAUACAGGCCGGACUAGAGGCGCUCAAGGCCGCAGACUGCGCAGGGAAGCUGUUUGUGUUCCACACCUCGUUGCCCAUUGCUGAGGCUCUUGGAAAACUCAAGAAUAGAGAAGACAAGAAGCUGAUUGGCACUGAUAAAGAAAAGUCUCUGUUUCAGCCUCAAGCAACUUUCUACAACACUCUGGCCAAGGAGUGUGUCGCUCAAGGCUGCUGCGUGGACCUCUUCCUCUUCCCCAACCAAUACGUGGACGUGGCCACGUUAGGUGUGGUUCCUGUCUCCACAGGAGGCUCCGUCUACAAGUACACCUACUUCCAGGCUCAGACGGACCAGGAGAGGUUCCUGAACGACCUCAGGCGAGACGUACAGAAGCCGAUCGGUUUCGACGCUGUCAUGAGGGUUCGGACCAGCACAGGUAUCCGAGCGACCGAUUUCUUCGGCUCGUUCUUCAUGAGCAACACCACGGACGUGGAGCUGGCGGGACUGGACUGUGACAAGGCGGUCACGGUGGAGUUCAAACACGACGACAAGCUCAGCGAGGAGACGGGGGCGCUCAUACAGUGCGCCGUCCUCUACACCAGCUGCGGCGGCCAAAGGCGCCUGCGCAUCCACAACAUGGCGGUCAACUGCUGCUCUCAGUUGGCCGACCUAUACCGCAACUGUGAGACGGACACCAUCAUCAACUUCCUUUCCAAAUACGCUUUCCGUGGCGUCCUGAGCAACCCCACAAAGGCGGUGAGGGACACUCUGGUCAACCAGUGUGCUCAGAUCUUGGCCUGCUAUCGCAAGAACUGUGCAAGUCCCUCAUCAGUUGGUCAGUUGAUCCUCCCAGAGUGCAUGAAGCUGCUGCCGGUCUACUUGAAUUGCCUUCUGAAGAGCGACGUGCUGCUCCCCGGCGCUGACGUGUCGCUGGAUGACCGAGCGUACCUGCGGCAGCUCAUCAGCUGCAUGGACGUGGCCGAGACCCACGUCUUCUUUUACCCUCGCCUUCUGCCGCUGAUGAAGCUGGAGAGCGGGUCGUUGCCGACGGCGUUGAGGGCCUCCGAGGAGAGGCUUUCCAAAGGUGGCGUUUACCUGCUGGAGACGGGCCUCCAUCUCUUCCUGUGGGUGGCAGCCAACGCGCAACAAGAGCUGCUGCUCAACAUCUUUGGAACAUCCAGCUUCAGCCACGUCGACUCCACCAUGACCAGUCUGCCGGUGUUGGACAAUCCAUUCUCACAAAGACUCCGGGAGAUUGUGGACUCCUUCAGAGCGCAGCGCUCGCGAUACAUGAAGCUGAUUGUGGUGAAGCAGGAGGAGCGCUCUGAGCUCAUCUUCCGACACUUCCUGGUGGAGGACAAGGGCGCCAGCGGGGGCGCGUCCUACGUGGACUUCCUGUGUCACAUGCACAAGGAGAUCCGCCAGCUCCUCAGCUAGGUCCACAAAGUCCCGCCUUCUUUUUCUUCCUCUCUUUUCUCCCUCCUCCUCUUUUCUCCCUUUUUUUUUUAAAAACCUAAUAAACUUUAAAGCUCUCCUUGCUGUCAUCUAAAGCACCAGAGCUGGCAGAUUUAAUUGUGUGUGUGUGUGUGUGUGUGUGUGUGUGCGUGUGUGUGCGUGUGUGUGUGUGUGUGCGUGUGUGUGCGUGCGUGCGUGCGAGUGAGUGAUAAUCGGAUGUUAAUAGAGCUUUACUCUGGCUCAAAUCUACUGCGGUGAAAGGAGGGAGGGGGAUUAUGUACAUAAACACAUGCAAACGUAAAGAAUGAUGUAUGCAACCUGACUGUAUUUACUAGCACUGAAAAUCUUUUUUUUUUAAUAACGAAAUCGCGUUAAAAGCGUUAAACGAUCUACUAGAAAAGUCAUGAAAGGAAUCAAAUAAAUGCUGUAAUCUCCCCGUUUUAAUCAUGGCCUUAGCACACCCCCGCGAUGCUUUCAUGAUUAAUUUCAAUGUGCGUGUCCUUUCAUUUUCUUUUUUUUUUUUUUUUGAAUCAACGUUUUUUUGCAUCCUUUUCCUUGCCUGGCAACACUGCAAAUAUGGCCACAACAUUAGGUACGCCCGCAGAAGGCGCUCCAUCUACACUUUAGCAGGAAUAAUAAUAAUAAUAAUAAUAGCAAUGCUCGUUUUUCAGGGCGUCCCAUUUGCCAAAUUUUGGGAAAGUUCGCCCCUGCCGGGGUGCCUAAUCGAGUGUCCCGCGCCAGGUGACGAGCACAGACAAAACGAUCGCAUAAGUGAGCUGAGCCCUCUGUGUUUGUAUAUAUAUACAUAUAUACAUACAUAUAAAUAACAUAAAUACUGUGUACAGAAUGAAUAGACAGAAAAUAAUAAUUUUAGGUAAAAUGAGCUGAUUAAAAUAUAAAGCAAAUUACAGCAUUUAGUAAUAAUGAAGGGAUGCUUCUUUUGAUAUAUAUAAAUGUGUGUGUGUGUGUGUGUGUGUGUGUGUGUGUGUGUGUGUGUGCGUGUGUGUGUGCUCGGUCCUGGUGAAAUUUCCCCUGAGGAACAGAGGGACCCUCUAAAACAAACCCACCUACCAAAAUAAAGUCGAUACUUUAAAAAAGAAAAGCGGUUGAGUGAGUGUGAAGCCCUCUGUUCUUUGUGUUCAAGGCCACCAUGUUCACUGUAUUCUUCAUUUGUGUUCCUUUUAUUUCGUCUGAUUUGUUUUUUUUUCCAUUGCCUCUUGGGACUUCUAAUAAAAAUGAUUGUUAAAAUUGA